AUGUUACCAGAAGAUUGCCUAAACCAUGAAUGGAUCGUUGGAUCUCGUUUUAAAGCGGCCAAUGACUUGAUUUUAAACCAACCGAAUACUGGAAAACCUUUAUCUAAAGAAAGCAUCAAAUCGUACAUACAUAAUAAACGAUUUAAAAGAGCUGCUUGGGCGCUAGUUUUCUUAUCGAAAUUCAAAAAAUAUGGUCUUAUUAGUCUAAAAGAUUUAAAGGAGGAAAGUUAUUCAAAUAAUAUUACUCGAACAAAUAACAAGAAAUCUAAUAGCUGUGUUUUUACAUCAAAAAUCUUUAAAAAUGACUCAGAAUUCUUGCAAACUUCUAUUCGCUGGUCAGUUCGUUUAUCCAAUGGAAGCACCGAGUCAGCGUUCGAAUCACUAUUAAAAGUGGAUGCUAAACUUAAAGAAUCACCUAGAAAAGUAAGAGAAAAAGAAAAAAUGAGAAAUGCGAAUUUGGUGAUGAAUGGAAGUUGUUCAAAUAUAACAAAGAAAGCAGAAAGCAGAAAGCAGAAAGAAGAAACAAAUAAAAAGUUCAACAAUACCGUUGAAGAUUUAAGCAAAAGAAAGAUCGAAAAACCAAGAAUUCAAAAAAUGAAUAAAGCAGGUACAGUAGCAAAAAUGUUAUCAUUUUUCGCUGAAAAAAUCGAAGCAAAUAAACGAUCAGAACGAAAGGCCUCACGUGCUGGUCGAACUCUUCGUGAUAUUCAUAUCUCUACACCAGGUCAAGAAAUAACAAUGUUGUUUGCCAAUGAACAUAGCAAAAAAACUAAAAACUUAGAUAAACUUGUUUCUGAAAAGGAUAUUCAAAACAGCUCAAAUAAAGAAAGGCAAAAAUGGCAAAUUAUAACGGAAGAACGAAAAAAUCCAAUUACUAAGAAAGAAAAAGAAGGAAAGAAGAAAACGGAAAAUAAGGAAAAUGAAGGAAUACUUGUCGAAGGAAAAAUAGGUGUUACUGAUAUUCUAAACAACAAAAAAGAAAGUAUCAAUUCCGAUAAGGAAGUACAUAUAAAGUCGAAAGCGACAGCAGUAGCUGAAAUAAAAGCUCGAAAAGAAGAGAAAGAAAUUUCAGAAACAAUUAUUCCCAGCAGAACCGAUAAAAUUAAUUUAAGUAGAUAUCUUGAUAAAAAUCAGAAUUCGGGAUUGAACACUGAGAAGAAUGAAAUGAUUUUAAAUGGACUUCAAACCAAUUCGCGAUUUAGUGACGAAUCUUCGAAGACUUAUAUGCCGAAGGAGUCAGUAAUACAAAUAGAAGCACGAAAUGAACAAAACAAAUUCAUUCUGAAUGAAAAUUUUGUGCAGAGAGUUUCACACAUAGAUUCAAAACGAUCGAAGGCAAAACUACCAAUUUCAUUCGAACCUUGUUCAUCAUCUCAAGGUACUAAUUUUGUAGGAAUCGAUGAAAAAGGAAAAAAUAUAGAAAUGAAAGUUAAAACUGUUGACGCAAAAAAGAAAAAUUCACUGAAAAAAUUAGCAGGUAAAACAGUUGCUGAAUCCAAUAAAUACAAUUUAUCCAUUCCAAUCAAUGGUGAAGUUCUUUUGAAUGCAUUGAAGAAAAAUGAAAUUGCGAUUGAGGUGAUCAAUGAAAAAAAUACGAUUUUUCAAUCAAGCAGUUGCGAAAAAUCUUCAGAUGGUUCGAAACUAAAGUUAAAUGAUGAAGUUAGCCGUCGAAGGAUGCAAAAACACACGGCUGUAACUACUUGCACUGGUUAUAAGCACAAUAUUAAAGAAUCAGUAGGUAUUCAGCAAGAAAUUUGCAUAAAGAAUGAAGUAAAGCCAAGAAAAUUUUGCAGCAAUAGGAUAAAGAAAUUCCCAGCUCUAAAUAAGGAUCAAUUGAAGGCUUCAAUCACAGAAGAUGGGAAAAAUUCUUCAAUAAAUGAAUUUGUUCCUAAGCCUUUAAAAUCAAAGAAAAAAGUCGCUGAAAGAACCAUGGUACAGCCUCACUUAAAUGAGAACAGCAGGCAAAAUUUAUUAAGACCAAAAGUCUCACGCGAACCAUCGCUUACUGCAUCUGAUCCAGUAACUGAUUCUAUCAACUGUAUAAAAGAAUCAGCAAAUUUGAAUAGAUUAUUGUCAAAUGCGAUUUCGACCGAUAAAAUUAUCAGUAAAACGCCGCAAAUAUGGAAUGUCUCAGUCAGAAGAUCUAUUAAUGGUGAAAACUACAUUAAUACAGUAGUAACUAUGCCAAGUGAUGCAAAACUUAAAAAAAAAACAACCAAAGAAAUGACUGACAUCGGUGGCCAAUUGUCAUAUCCUACAAAAAUCACAGCAAAAAAUGUUUUUCCACUAAUUCGGAUUAAAUCGGAAACAAAUGUGACCCCGAAAAGCUCAGAAAAUCUUAAAAAAAUUCAGGAAUCAGUCGAUGACAGCGGAAUGAAUCAAAAAAAAUCACUCAACAUACGCUGCUCAGUAGAAGACAGUGAAAUCAAGACAAAAAGUCUUGAGGCAAGUCGAUUCGACUGUUUAAAGAUGUCACUUGAAUCACGAAUUAUUGCCGCAUCAAAUGAGAGACGACUUUGCAUAAAGCAGAAUGAAAUAAAACUUCCAAUAAAUAUUUCCGAUAAUACCAAAAAAGCUUUCGUUAAGUGGAAAGAAAUGGAACAAAAAUGA